AAGCUCUCACAGGGCUUCUAAAGAUCCUUUCUUUCUCUCUCUAAACUCACAGCCCUUGUAAAGAUCCUCUCUCUCUCCACAAAAUUAAGUCGGAAUAUAAAUUCGAGAGAGAGAGAGAGUUACAGUUGAUUUUUUUAGGUGAAGCGAAAUCGAUUUGGAGAGGUUUGGUUAUGGCAAUUGCAAAUCUGGGAGUGUGGACUUGGGAACUUCUCAGAAACUGAAACUUGGAACAUCAAUAGCGGUACAGAGGGCUUUUGAUUUGGGCGAGGGAUUUUCUUUUUCGAGUUCGUGGCUAAUCGAAAAUUGGUUGUCGUUUUGGGAUGUUGAAUUACGACAUUUGGAUUCUUGAUUGGUAGCUAAUGAAGAUGGAGUUUGUGCAUUUUACCUGGUUGAUGUGUUGGGAGUUGAAGAGGUUGCUUUAAGGGAAAUUUAGAGGAAGUAGAUGGCAACUUCGAGUGAGAGAUGGAUUGAUAGACUUCAAUUAUCCUCUUUGUUUUGGCCUCCCCCAGAUGAUGAUCAGCAAAGAAAGGUUCAGUGUUCUGCAUAUGUUGAGUACUUGGGUCAGUUUACAUCAGAACGAUUCUCAGAGGACAUUGCUGAGCUGAUUCGGAGCCGUUUCCAAUCGAAGGAAAAGCGCCUCUUCGAUGAUGUUUUAGCUUUGUUUGUUCUUCAUCAUCCCGAGAAUGGGCAUGCUAUUAUUCUUCCAAUAAUUUCUUGUAUAAUUGAUGGCGCCCUGGAAUAUAACAGAAAUGACCCUCCAUUUGCCUCUUUUAUAUCCUUAUUCUGCCCUGGCACUGAGAACGAUUAUUCUGAACAAUGGGCCCUUGCAUGUGGGGAGAUAUUGCGGAUCUUGACUCAUUACAAUCGUCCGAUAUACAAGAUGGAACGAAAAAAUGGUGAAACGGGAAGAAGCAAUAAUGGUGAAACAGAAAGAAGCAAUAGUGGCAGCCUUGCCACGACAAGUAACAGUGAUGAUGGGGAAUUAGUUGGAGUGCCUCAGCAACAAGAGAGGAAACCUGUACGACCUUUGUCCCCAUGGAUUACUGAUAUAUUGCUUGCUGCACCAUUGGGCAUUAGAAGUGACUAUUUCCGCUGGUGCAGUGGUGUAAUGGGUAAAUACGCUGCUGGAGAACUCAGGCCACCUACAUCAGCUUCUUCUCGUGGAUCUGGAAAGCACCCUCAGCUUAUGCCAUCAACUCCAAGGUGGGCCGUUGCAAAUGGUGCUGGAGUCAUACUGAGUGUUUGUGAUGAAGAGGUUGCGCGAUAUGAGACUGCAACUCUAACAGCAGCUGCUGUUCCUGCACUUCUUCUUCCUCCCCCCACAACAGCUUUGGAUGAACAUUUAGUUGCUGGGCUACCAGCUCUUGAGCCGUAUGCACGCUUAUUUCAUAGAUAUUAUGCCAUUGCUACUCCCAGUGCCACCCAAAGGCUUCUUCUUGGACUCUUAGAAGCACCUCCAUCUUGGGCUCCAGAUGCUCUUGAUGCAGUUGUACAGCUUGUAGAACUCCUUCGAGCUGCUGAAGAGUAUGCAACUGGCAUUAGGAAUUGGAUUAUGUGCUAUAGAGAUUGCUGCCUUGUUGUCAUAAUACACCCGUAUAGGAGUCUUUUGAAAGAUCUUUCUGUUAUGCUUCCUAGGAACUGGAUGCAUUUACAUUUCUUGCGUGCCAUUGGCACUGCAAUGUCCAUGAGAGCUGGUAUUGCUGCUGAUGCUGCAGCAGCCUUGCUUUUUCGCAUACUGUCCCAACCUGCAUUGCUGUUUCCACCACUACGACAAGUUGAGGAAACUGAUGUUCAGUGUGAAUCUUUGGGUGACUAUGAUUCAUCAUACAGGGAACAGAUUGAAGUGCCUGCAGCAGAAGCUACAAUUGACGCUACUGCACAAGGAAUUGCAUCCAUGCUUUGUGCACAUGGUCCUGAAGUUGAAUGGAGAAUUUGUACAAUCUGGGAAGCUGCUUAUGGCUUAAUUCCAUUAAGUUCCGAUGUAGUUGACCUCCCUGACAUCAUAGUUGCAACACCAUUGCAGCCUCCCAUAUUAUCAUGGAAUUUAUACAUUCCUCUCCUUAAGGUUCUCGAAUAUCUUCCACGUGGUAGUCCAUCUGAAGCAUGUCUGAUGAAGAUAUUUGUUGCUACUGUGGAAUCAAUUCUUCAAAGGACAUAUCCUUCUGAGUCUUUCAGAGAACAAUCUAGGAAAACAAGAUACUUUUCCAGCCUUGGUUCUGCUUCUAAAAAUCUUGCUGUCACAGAGCUUCGGACCAUGGUCCACUCGCUUUUCUUAGAAUCGUGUGCUUCUGUGGAGCUUGCAUCACGCCUACUUUUUGUUGUAUUGACUGUUUGUGUUAGUCAUGAAGCUCAAUCCAACGGAAGCAAGAAAUUGAGACGUGAACAAAGUGAUGUUCUGGAUGAAAGGAUUGAGGACUUGCAAGCAGUAUCCGAGAACCAUACAGGAAUAAGGAGAAAGACUAAAAAGCAAGGUCCUGUUUCUGCAUUUGAUUCUUAUGUCCUGGCUGCUGUUUGUGCUCUUGCCUGUGAGGUCCAAUUAUUUCCCUUUGCUGCUAGGGGAAGUGAUCAUUUAAAUACUACAGAUUUACAGGAUGUAAUAAAACUGGUCAAAGUAAAUGGUACUUCAACCGAGCUUCAAAAUAGUGUUGGCUCAGCGGUAUGCCACACUCACCGAAUUUUGGCCAUCAUAGAAGCACUUUUUUCUUUAAAGCCAUCUUCUGUGGGAACUUCAUGGAGUUAUAGUUCAAACGAGAUAGUUGCUGCAGCAAUGGUUGCAGCUCAUGUUUCAGAACUCUUCAGACGGUCAAAGGCGUGCAUGCAUGCUCUCUCUAUCCUGAUGCGAUGCAAGUGGGACGAUGAAAUUUACAACAGGGCAUCAUCAUUGUACAACCUAAUAGAUAUUCACAGCAAAGCCGUUGCUUACAUUGUUAAUGAGGCUGAACCUUUAGAAGCACAUUUAAUACAAGUACCGAAAUGGAAGGAAUCUCUUGUUGGGUUAAACGGAAAAAAACAAAUUCAAUAUGAAGACGGUACCUGCUUUCAUCCUGGACAAUCAUCUGUCCAAAAGUGUGAUAAUUCAUCCCAUUCCGAAUCUAAACUUGUGUCCAAGCGAGCAUCAAAUUCGAAUGAAGAGUUGGGCAACAGCAACACUUCAGUGAAAGGUUUAGCAAGCUUCUCAAUGGAUGCUUCUGAUUUAGCCAACUUACUCACAAUGGACAGGCGUAUAGGAUUCAACUGUUGUGCACAAGUUCCAUUAAGAUCAGUGCUCGCUGAGAAACAAGCAUUAUGUUUUUCUGUUAUUUCUCUACUGUGGCACAAGUUGAUUUCCGCUCCUGAAACUCAACCUAGUGUGGAGAGCACUUCGGCCCAGCAAGGAUGGAGGCAGGUAGUUGAUGCAUUAUGCAACGUGGUAUCAGCUUCCCCAGCUAAAGCGGCUACAGCAAUUGUUCUUCAGGCCGAGAGGGAGUUGCAACCUUGGAUUGCAAAAGAUGAUGAUCAAGGUCAGAAGAUGUGGAGAAUGAACCAGCGGAUCAUCAAAUUGAUAGUUGAGCUAAUGAGAAAUCAUGAUACUCCAGAAUCACUGGUCGUAUUGGCGAGUGCGUCAGAUCUUCUGUUGCGUGCCACAGAUGGGAUGCUUGUAGAUGGGGAAGCCUGUACUUUGCCACAACUAGAGCUAUUGGAAGUGACUGCUAGAGCAGUUAAGCCUGUACUGGAGUGGGGAGAAUCUGGACUGUCCAUUGCUGAUGGCCUUUCCAAUCUCUUAAAGUGUCGUCUACCCGCUACUGUUCGAUGCCUUUCUCAUCCAAGUGCGCAUGUCCGAGCUCUAAGCACAUCAGUUCUUCGUGAUAUUCCGCACACCAGUUCAAUUAAGUCUAGUUCAAAAUCGAUCAACAUAAAUGGCAUCUAUCCCUCUUAUCAGUAUUUCAGUUCAGGUAUCAUUGACUGGAAAGCAGAUAUUGAGAAGUGCUUGGGAUGGGAAGUUCGUAGUCAACUUGCAACUGGACAAGCAACUCAGUUUCUUCAAGCUGCCGCCAAGGAAUUAGGCUGCUCUAUUUUCCUAUGACAUCCAUGUAAACUUAGGUUUGUCCAUUAAUGUAGUGUCAUGGAAGUAUACAAGUUUGCGGAGACGAUUUGUGUUAUGUUUCUUAUAUGAUACCGUAGAUUAUUAUUAUCCAAUAAUUCCUUGUUUGGUCCUGUAUACAUAUCCUCUCACCAAGAUGGUUGUGUAUGAGGCCUUAUAAUGAUGUGUUCAAUUAGUUUUAGGUGUUUGGUAGUUCUCAUGUACUUUUCCCUAGCAUCAACUCAAGUAUAUGUUGUUUGGAACUAACACAAGUUUCUCUGAUGUAAUUUAUUUCACCUUCUCCA